UCAUUUUCAUUAUGAUACGCUUGUCAGUUGUCACCUAAUAAAAAAGGUUUGAUUAAUCACUGAUAUAUAUGUUUUGCUUUUGUGAAUAAGAGAAUCCACAUACAGAGUGAUCAACAACAUAUGUGCAAUCAAACUCAGUAAUAACUGGAUGUAAAUUCAGAGGGAUGAUCCACAAUAUAGCUUCCAAAAGUAUUUUGCUCCGGGAGUUAUGUGGAAUGCACUGAAAAGAAAAGAGAAAGGAUUUUGUAAUGAGCCCCAAAGAAGCAGCGUUUUGGAAGGCCCAACAAAGUGUUUUGACCCUUUUCAAGCAGUGUUCGAGCAUGAAGCAUUUGAAGGAGAUGCACGCUCGUGUAGUCCAGAGUGGGUUCGGCAAGACCCCGCUUGUGGUGGGAAAGAUCAUUGAGUUUUGCGCGGUUUCGGGGCAGGGAGACAUGAAUUACGCUCUGAGGGUUUUUGACAGAAUCGAUAAACCCGAUGCGUUUAUGUGGAACACCAUGAUCAGGGGAUUUGGGAAGACUCACCAACCAUAUAUGGCCAUUCAUUUGUACAGGAGAAUGCAGGGAAAUGGUGACGUGCCAGCUGACACUUUCACGUUCUCUUUCGUGCUUAAAAUCAUUGCUGGAUUGGAAUGUUCACUUAAAUUUGGAAAGCAACUGCAUUGCACCAUCCUUAAACUCGGACUCGAUUCUCAUACUUACGUAAGAAACUCUCUGAUGCACAUGUAUGGAAUGGUGAAGGACAUAGAAACUGCACACCACCUGUUCGAGGAAAUCCCAAAUGCAGAUUUAGUGGCUUGGAACUCUAUCAUAGACUGUCAUGUGCAUUGUCGAAACUAUAAACAAGCUCUCCAUCUGUUUCGCAGAAUGCUGCAGAGUGGAGUGCAGCCAGACGAUGCCACUCUGGGUGUGACCCUCUCAGCAUGUGGUGCAAUAGGAGCCCUGGACUUUGGGAGGCGAAUUCAUUCUUCUCUCAUACAACAACAUGCCAAGCUUGGCGAGAGUACAUCUGUCUCUAAUUCCCUAAUUGACAUGUAUGCAAAGUGUGGAGCAGUGGAAGAAGCGUACCAUGUGUUUAGCGGUAUGAAAGGGAAGAAUGUGAUUUCGUGGAAUGUCAUGAUUCUUGGGCUUGCAUCGCACGGUAAUGGAGAAGAGGCGUUAACACUUUUCGCGAAGAUGUUACAACAGAAUGUGGAGAGACCGAAUGAUGUUACGUUCUUGGGGGUGUUAAGUGCUUGUAGCCAUGGAGGAUUGGUUGAUGAAAGUAGACGAUGUAUUGAUAUUAUGGGCAGGGACUAUAACAUCCAACCCACAAUAAAGCACUAUGGGUGCGUGGUGGACCUUUUGGGUCGAGCUGGUUUAGUUGAGGAUGCAUACAAUUUGAUAAAGAACAUGCCAAUAGAGUGCAAUGCAGUUGUAUGGAGGACUUUGUUAGCUGCGUGUCGACUUCAAGGACACGUCGAACUUGGUGAGAAGGUAAGGAAACAUCUGUUGGAAUUAGAACCGGACCAUAGCAGUGAUUAUGUUCUUCUAGCAAACAUGUAUGCAAGUGCCGGUCAAUGGAAUGAAAUGAGCGAAGAAAGAAGAUCAAUGCAGCAAAGGAGAGUUCAGAAACCAUUGCCUGGAAAUAGCUUCAUCGGCAUUCCUGAAUUGACAUUUGAGAUAGAGACUGUUGAAACAUUGUUGUGACACUUAAAUCAACACUCAAUGGCAUGGAUUGAAGGUUUCAACUGUCUGAGUCAAUGUUUGAAAUAUUGUAGGCAUGUUAACCCUUAGCACUGGCUGUCUGAUUUGUGCCUUGUCUUUAAUUACUGAAUAUUGAAGCAUGUGACUGGAUUAUAUAAGGAAUUCAAUAGAAGCAAAUAUAAAUUCCAAGUUGUGGUGGACCUGAUGGCUAUGUUUAUCAGAAGGCAUAUGUAGAGUUCUCCUGAUCUAAGGAAAAGCUGGAUGCUCUUGUUGAUAAAUGCAAGGAUCGAACGUCUUUAACUUAUAUGGCUGUGAAUAAAGAAGGGAGCUGGAAAUCUAAUGUGGGUCAAGCUGAUGUUAGUACAACCAACCAUUGAACCCAAAUGGUUGGUGCAGUGGUGUAAGGUCCCCUUGCGUUCACAUGAGUGGAAAAGAUCUAUUUAGCGGGAGAACUCGUGUUUGAUUUUCACUAUGUGCAAAACUCCCUUGGGCCAGCAGCAGCCACACACCGCGAGCAAGAUUAGUCUUUGAUUCAGUGGGUUAGAGGACACCCUUGGUCUUUGACCUAGGACAAAAAAAAUAAAAAAUACAACCAACCAUUGUAGAUCCUGUCAGCUUCAAUGUGUGGAAGGAUGAGGCAUUUGAAAUUUGGUCAAGAGGAUGAGCAAGCUUGACCCUGAGGGUGAUGCAUCCAGGAAAUUGGUUGAAGAGGUGGGGGGCAGCUACUAGUUGGUCUGUUUGGUAGACAAUGAUUACUUCAGUGGUGAUCUUUUUGCAGUCUUUGCAAAUUUCUGACAUGAGCCUAUUUAUUGGUUCUAAGUUGAAGUGUCAAAUUAAUUUUCUGGGCUAUGUCCCAAACGGCUUUUUUAUUUUAUCACUCCUCCGAGUUGCAUGAGUAACCUGUACUUUGACUUGAGGACAAGUUACUCCUUCCUCUGAAUUUGGUGGUUGUAUCCGACCGAAACCCUGUUUCAUAAAGUAUACACACACACACAAGUGUGCUGUGAAAGUAGAUGAUUGAGUGACACACACACGAGUGUGCUGUGAAAGUAGAAGAUUGAGUGUGUGUUUAGGAGGCAGUUGCAUUCAAGGCCAACGUACUUUCAGAUGAAAGCUACAAUAUAGUUGCUUUUAAAAUUUUGCAUUGGAACGAGCAAUUUCUCUGUUCAACAUAGUUUCAACACUAAUCCAAACACACCCUGAAUUCUAGUGCCUUAUAUCUGUCUAUCCUAAGAAAGUUUUUCCCCGAAAAAAUACAUGUGUUGCUUCCUCACAUCACCAAUUUCCCACUCAUCUACCUAUCCCACUUACACAAACCCUUCUCUCACUUCCUCCUUUGAUCUCCCACUCCCUCUCUCACUCCCUUUUUUACUUUUCCCUCCUUCCUUUCCCUUCCAUCCUUCGGAAUGACUCUCAGGAGCCGUUUGGAAGAAGUGAAAGUGGAAGGAAAGAAAAUUGAGAGGAAAUAAAACAUGCAUAACAAUGUCUUUUUCUUUGUUUGGUUGAAGAGAAAAUGAAAGGAUAAUUUGAAGCAAAGUUGAUUUCAAGAAACAAAAAUUUAAAAUUUUCUUUCCUUCCACUUUCCCUCCAAUUUAAAUUUCAAAAUUUUAUUUCCCCCACAUUUUCUUUCCUCUCCACCAGACAUAGGGUCAAUCUUUCAGUCAUCUAUUCCAUGGUUCUCAAUCUCUCAAAAUUCCUUCCCAAAAUCUUAUUGAAACAUUGUUACACCGUUCAUUACCAUCCUUUUCUACUCUUUGAUCCUUUCUCAUUAUCCUCUCUAUAUUUUUCCUAAGAUUUUUUUUAAAGAAAACCCCACCUUCAUUGAACCCUAGCUUGCUGUUCCCAUCAUUUUCGAUCAUCAAAGUUAUUAUUCUCAAAAUUACUAUGAUUACUGAUUUUUGAAAAUGUCACGGUGAACAGUUGACCACACAGUGUAAGGAGAAUAAGAUGGGUGAUAUUUCAUUCCUUCUUCUUUUCACUUUUUCCAUCUGUUUCCGCCUUAUUCUUUCUCCCUUCCUCCUCUAUUUUCUGUUAAUGCACUUUUUCUUUCUAUUCACCAACAAAAUUUAGGUUUCAUGUCUUUUAAGGAGUUUUCAUUAAAUGAUGAUGGAGCGGAGGUGCAGUGGCUUCAUGCAUAGGAGAAGCCCUCACACACUGAUACCCCAUGAUCCUCACAACUCUCCUUUAUUUCCUUUAAUACAUACAUUCAUUUCAUCAAAGGUGCAUUCUCUUCCUUUUAUUCCUUUGUUUUCAUUUUCCUCCUUGUGCCAUUUUCUGAAUUUUUCUUUUCAUUCUCUCUCUCAUUUAACUAUUGUUUAUUUUUCCUCAGAGAGGUUUUGUUAAUUUAGUUUUAUGUAUUUACAUCAUGGCUUCCAUUUUGUGUUCCAUUGUGCUAUAUUGGUUACAAGGAUCCUUUGGUUAGUUUGUUUUGAUCUUUUUUUAUUUCUCUAUUUUUUUAGUUUUUUAUUGUUUUAAAUGUUUCUUCUAUAUUGUUUUUUGUUUCUGUGUUUUUAUGCAGGAUACUAAUCACAUGAGGAGGGAGUUGACACCUAUUUUUUCAUGCAUUGGUAGAUAAAAUGACAAAAGAGGAAGUCUGUGAUUAGAGCAAAUUCUUCUUCAUCAUUAUCUGUUUAGUUUUUGAUAUAUUGUGUAUUAAGAAGCUGAACAUGAAAACCUGUUGCGGAUUGCUUGGUCUCUUAGUUUUCUAAUUUUC